AUGCCUUCGCCGCUUCAGCCGUCGCCGACCAUCCUCCUUCCAGACCUACCCCCGAAGACCCUUGUCGGCAUUGAUCUGAUCACUUUUUCGUCGACAGCCAAUUUUCAUGGGAUCCGAGAUCUCCCGGUCGGAUGGCACUUCUUAUACACAGGCACCACAGAGAGCCUGUCUCUUCGCUGUGGCGCAUGGUUCUACGUGGGAGAUAUCCGUGCCACUGGACAUGGAGACAGCAACACAGCCCUUGUGGUGGCGCAAGAGUCGAAGAUCGGGCCGCAGAUCUAUAUUUGGAAAUGGAACGCCGGCAUUGAGUCCCUAGCCUCAUUGAAAAGCGGUAGUGAUGCAGAUUGCCAGGAGGCGAUGCGCCAUAAAGCCAACCUAGGUGCGGUCUGGCAGCGCGGCGGCUUGUUUCGGUAUCGCAGUCGCGUGUCCGCGGCCAUGCUGUCCAACAAGCCAGGUUCAACACCAGCUGAGACGACUAUUGCGGAGGAGGACGAAGAGUCUGAGCAGAUUGGGCGCCGGGAUUGGCGACAGCUGACAGAUCGGAUUUCUCCCGAUAUUCUUUCGCGCAUACUUGGAGAUUGUGAAAUGGAUGUGGAUGGCCACCCGCGCUGGACGGUGACUUCAGCCAGUACCGCAAAUCGUGAUGCCGAUCAUAUUCCUGGAGUGGACUCGCCGGCUGAGGUGCCCCAGGAAACCCAAGCGCCUGCGGAAGAGCAAGAAAGAGAGUUUCAAUUUCUCCCGGUUGAUUUGAAGAGAACCUGGCGUGAAGGGGCCAUUGGAAGAGAACGGACAGAGGGCGCUCAGGACAGGUCCUGGGCUCUAGCAGACUUGAUCAUCCGAUAUUCCAGUCGGGUCUCAGGUGAAAUUACCGUUGAUGAGCAGACAGGCGAGGCGCAGUUGCUCGGGGAACUGCAAUUUACAUUCUUGGUGGUGUUAACACUGAUGAACUUCUCCUGCCUUCAGCAAUGGAAGCGCUUGCUGGAGCUUAUCUUGACAUGCCGCCGAGCGAUCGUGGACAGGGAGGCUUUUAUAGCCGAAGCUCUUCGCAUCCUUUUGCGACAAUUACAACGAUGCGAUGAUGUUGAAGGUGGUCUCUUCGAGAUCGAUGGAGACGAAGGCGGAGAGUUUCUGCGCCAAUUAUUAAUUAAGGUCCGGCGGUCCGUUGAUGAGGUUGUUGAGAUAGGAGCCUCAUCGAUGGUGAGAGAUGAGCUUAACAAGCUGAAAGCAUGGGUAAAGGAGGAAUACGACUGGGAGCUACAGCGAGAAUCCAUUGUCAGACGUGGUAUGCUCCGAUUGGAAGAUGGCGAGGAGGUUGAAAUGGAGCUAGAUGACAAUGAUGAAGAUGAGGAGACGGGUGAAUAUGCCCCAGUCGUAGUUGACUUGGAGGAGCAUGAUGCAUUGUCCGAAGACGAAGAAGCCUCGGAUUUAGAGGACAUGAGAUACUAA